AAGACGUGAAAUUACAUACUAAAAGCAAAGCAUACGGUCACACGGAACACGACGUCUAAAUAAACUUUAAAGCAGCAAAAUCAAUGAAAUAAGAGAAAAACUAACAGUGCGAAUAAACGGAAAAACUUAAGGAAAACGAGAGGAGCAGCAAGUGGACAAGACGACAUGGCCAAUCUUCUGGAGAACCAACUGUUCACGGCGGCCAAGACCAUCGAACAGCAGCUGGAUCAGCAGCUCGACCGUCUGGACAAUCUCGACUCCGAUGACCUGAAGGCCCUCAGGGAACAGCGGCUCCGCGAGAUGAAGGACCUGAACAACAAGAAGCAGGAGUGGCUUAGAAACGGCCAUGGCAGCUACACUGAGCUGGCCGACGAGAAGGAGUUCUUUGAGAUGUCGAAGAAGUCGCCAAACAUUGUGUGUCACUUUUAUCGAGACAGCACCGAGCGCUGCAAGAUCGUAGACAUGCACCUUAAGAUUCUGGCCGCCAAGCACGUGGAGGCAAAGUUCUGCAAAGUCAACGCCGAGAAGACCCCUUUCCUUACCCAGCGGCUGCGCAUCAAGGUGAUACCCACCAUUGCACUGGUAAAGGACAGCAAGACCAAGGACUUUAUCGUAGGAUUCACCGAUCUGGGCAACUGCGAUGACUUCGCCACAGAGAUGCUGGAAUGGCGUAUUGCCCACUCGGGGGCUAUUGACUACAAGGGCGAUUUAAUGCAGCCACCAGAUGUGAAACGCAAGCCAUUCAUAAACCGCCCACAGAAGACAAUUCGCGGUGGUUACGACUCAGAUGACUCUGAUAUCGAUCUGGAUGACUAACUACGAGCAGUCCGUCCCACACUCUCAAUUCCCCCAGUUCCAGCUGCAAAUCCACACUCCCACACUAAAACUCAAACGCGAUGGAGAAACGAAAACAAACACACACAAAUCAAAACCUAGCACAUGGAUCUAAACCAAUUAGGCGUACUUUAGCGUUAUUUAUUUAAUUAUAAUAUUCCGAUCACACUGCUACGGUCCCCAUCGCCACAUAGAAUAAGUGGCUUAUUCGAUUGCCUUUCCCCCGAUUAUGUGCUUUAAUAUCUAUCAGUUCAAUCAGCCGCCUUUAAGGCUGAGCCACUCUAGCGAGCUUAAGCGUACUCAAAAUUUGAUCUUUAUGGUAUCUGCAAUUCAAAAUCAAUGUGCACCUCUCAAGUAUAUAUGUUUAGUUGAAAAUUGUUUUACGAAUUACGCUCGCUCCACAAAAUGGUGUAUGUAAAACAAGACAGAAAAAACAGCAUAAAAGACAAGCAACAAAACAUCUGGCAUAUAUAUUUUUAACAGUUCGAUAAAAGGUGUACUGCAUUUCCUACUGUAGAGGUAACUAACACAUACAUAUGUACAAGUUUUUUAUAUUUAUUUUUGUAAUUCUACAAAGCAUCAAAGGAAAUCAACUAUUAAAUUGCAUGUUUAAAACAAAGCAAACGUA